GCCUGUUUACGAUUUGGUUGAAUUAGAAUUAGGCGAUUAUGAAGAAAAUGAGCUAGUUCUUAAUACUAUUUACGAUUUAAAAUUAUUUUUUGAAAAUCCUGAUAAUUGUACUUGCCGUCGAACUCCAAAACAAAAAGAUAUUAGAACUUGUUUUAAAAAAGUAGGGUUUAAACGUUUUUUUGAAAGACAUUUUGAAUUAAAAGCUUUAGAAGAACACGAACUUGAACUUUUUAUAAAAUCACAGUUAAUUUCAUUUGAAAUUACGUAUUUAAAAUUAUGUGGAAUUAACGAUUACUUACUUACUACUUUGCAAAAUCAUUUACAAAUAAAUGGAUUAACUGAACGCGUUCAUGGAAAUACCGGUCAUGCAUCUAAAACAGAAUCAAGAGUUUUUUUAGAUUUUAAUAUAACGUCUACAAUUAAACAAUUUUUAAUACAAUACGGAACAAUUCAUGGGCUCCCUUCUCCAUUACGGCAUCAAGACGAUUCUGAUGUUUUUAUUUAUCUUCCAACUAGUCAAUCUUAUACUUCAGUUUAUAAUGAAUAUAAAAAAAUUUUUUAUCUUAUACAUGAUCAACUCGAAAAAAUAAUUUCUUAUUCUACCUUUAAAAAAUUAUGGCACGAAAUGGUUCCUAAUCUUCGAUUUCAACCACCUGCAAGUGAUCUUUGUGAAAUUUGCACUUCCUUUAAAAUCAAAUUAUUAGCUGCAAAAAAAGAUAUCGACGAAUAUAAUAAAGUUCAAGUCGACUCAGAAAAUGGAAAGGUUUAUGCUUCAAAAAAAUCAGGUGGAGAGGAAACUUCUUUUCAAUUAUUACAUAAUAUCAAUUUUGACAAAAAUAGUAUCUUAAAUACUCUUUCUACUGUACCAUUAUCAAAUGACCGCAAAAAAUAUUUAUAUACAAAAAUUCGUCAACACGUUGAUGACCCGUAUAAAGAUAUUCUUUGUCCGCAACCUUAA